AUGGAAUGCACAAGACAAAAUUCCCCUCUGGGGAACCACACUGCAUUGGUGGAAUUCAUCCUGAUUGGGUUUUCUGAUGUGCCCAAACUUCAAGGAUUUCUUUUUGCUGUAUUUAUGAUCAUCUAUGUCUUUAUUAUUAUGGGAAAUAGCCUUAUUUUCCUGAUAACUAAGGUUGAUCCUUCCCUUCACACCCCCAUGUAUUUUUUCAUUGGGAAUUUUUCCUUUUUGGAAAUAUGUUAUGUGUCAGUUACGCUCCCCAGAUUGUUAGCUGAUCUCUGGAGACAAUGUGGAAAUAUUUCUUUUCUGGCCUGUGCUGUUCAAAUGUAUUUCUUUCUGAUCUUGGGAGACACUGAGUGCUUCAUCCUCACUGCCAUGGCUUUUGACAGGUAUGUGGCCAUCUGUAACCCACUAAUCUACCCUGUCAUCAUGAACAGUAGACUGUGUGUUCAGCUGGCAGCUGCCUGCUGGACCACGGCAUUUCCAAUCCACAUAGUGUCCAUCUCUGUGCUCUUCUCUUCACCCUUCUGUGAACAGAAUGAGAUGAAUCACUUUUUCUGUGAUGUCCCUCCAAUUGUUCAGCUUGUUUGUGGGGACACUUUCAUACUUGAGAUGCUGACUUACGUGAUUGCUGCCUUAGUUGUUACGAUCCCUUUUUUGUUGAUACUUGUAUCUUAUGUGAAAAUAAUCUCCACCAUCCUGAAGCUGCCAUCAGCCACUGGGAGAGCCAAGGCCUUCUCCACUUGUUCUUCCCAUCUCAUGGUAGUGACUUUGUUCUUUGGAUCAGGCAUCAUUGUGUAUUUCACACCUAAAUCCACUCACUCAUCAGGAAUGGACAAAUACUUUUCUCUCUUUUAUACCAUCUUGAUACCUGUGUUUAAUCCCAUUAUAUAUUGUCUGAGAAACAAAGCUGUUAUGGUGGCCCUGGGAAAAUUCCUGCAGAAGUGGAUUGUGCUGGGUUUCAUAACUUCUAAAAAUUCAUCACACUCAUAA